AUGAAUUUCGCAUCACUUCUAAACAGCUUUAAAUUUUUGCAAAACUCAGAGUUGAUAGAAAAUUUACUGGAAAAAGAAGACCUUAAGCUUGAAGAAGUUCUUGAUGCAAACGAAGAAGCAAUAAUGGAAGUUAAAAAAGGAAAUCAAAAAUUAAUUAAUUUUCUGGUUCCUAGCUACCUUAUACUUAAUUAAAUGGAAUAUUGUAAUAGGUCACUUGUGUCCUGGUUGCUCACUCAGUCCAUGGUAAGAGGAACACAUUGUAAACAGGUAUCGGUCGGAGUAGGUUUUUCGGCGUCCCAGUGCUUAAAUUAAAAUUAAAUGAUUAUGAUGACCAUAAGCGGGUAAACCCAUAGCUGUCACUCCCAAAAUGUCGUUAUUUAUGAUUUUCGACCUGAACCACCUGCCCAAAGAUCAGCUCCCUAGGCAGAGCCACUGCCUAUAAAGUGCUAGGAUGGUUCCUCCUAAUGAGGAAAGACCAUAAUUGGAUAGGCAAAUCCUGUCUAGUCCAUCUGUCAGGGACAGAAAAACCUUCGGGGAGAAAACAAACUUCUCUUUUCCCAAAACCUGAAGGGCUACAUCAAAAGGAGAGAGGCCCUGUUUUUGACUUGAUCAGGAUGGCCCGGCCUGCUCCAUAGGGAGCACGACUCGGAGUCCAAUUUCCGUCAACCUCAUCAUUUUAUUUCUUCCCCAUUGCAUAGGAAUAGCUUUUUUAUCGCGACCACACCAAAUGUCUCGCACCGCAUUCUCUAUACGAAGGGUUAUGCUAAGAUUCUAGUUAGGAGCGCGCGGGAGAAGAAACACCAGCCAAUCAUCUGUCAUCCCAUCCAGCUACAGAAGAACUGGAGCACUAGGCAGAGUCCUAUAUCACCAUGUUUUGGUGGAUGGGGAUUGGAAAUGGCGUUUGAGUUAGCGAUUAACGCUCACAAACUUGAAACCAGCUAUCAACAGAUAUAUGCACAGAAAUAAUGACUGCUGACCUCGCCUUAAAUUAAUCUAAUCUCAUCUAGCCACCUUGAUAAAUUAAUUGAUUAUAUCACGCUCGAGCCUCAAGACACUUCUAACCACAAUCAAUGCUACAAGUAUCCAUUUGUAUCAAACGAAAUCCUGAACAGCGAAUGCCAUGAACUUUUGAAUACUUUUUGUGCCGAUAAAACAUUUUUGAAUCAUCUAUUCAAAUUUUUAGAUGCAGACUUACCGAGCAACCUCAUCCUUGCUGGCUAUUUUUCGCGGACAUUGCAUAGCUUGCUGAUGAGGAACAGCUAUGAGCUACUUUCUUAUCUUUACGACGUUAACGAAUACGGUAAAGCAUUGACAAAACAUUUAUAUAGCAAAAGCAUUUGUGAUAUCUUAGAAAGGAUUCUCGGGUGUGAAAAUCAUAAAAACCCUGCAUUUAAAUCAGAGCUUUUUGAAGUAAUUGAACUAAUUUUGGAGAAUGUUUCGUCCACAAAAUCGCCGGAAGCUGCGAUAAAUGCAAGCACGCUUCUUGCCAAUUUGAUUACAAAAACUUCAGAAGUUUCAUGUGCGCUUGAUAUUGCAGAUUAUCUAUCAGGAGACGAAAAAAUCGUAACAUUGUUAUUUGAUAGGCUAUUUAAUGACGAAUUUCAUGUAUCUAGAGGGGCUGCUUUAAUAAUACAAGCCCUUAUAAAUAACAUUCUGGCUAAAGAUGCUGAAGAAGAAAACAGCAUAGAAGAUGAUACGAUUCCGCUGAUAGAUUACAUGGUAAACAACUUCAAUAAAUUUACAGAAAGCUUACGAAAGAAGCCAAAUAUGGCACUUAAGUGUGCUAAUAAGGUGGAAUUUAUUCCUUUAGGAGAAUUCAGGCUGAGGAUCAUUGAAAUUUUAGGAGCAAUGAUUAGGCUGCCAUAUGAAAAUUUAAAAGAAAAAAUAGCAGAAAGCGAUUCUAUACCGAUAAUUACAGUAAUUUCUAUAAAGGAACUAUUUUCAGAAUACCGCUGGAACAGCCUUCUUCAUUCUGCAUACGAAAGGUUAGUUAAAAACAUUUUGAUUUCGAGCCACUCUAAACUUAAAGAUGCAGUAAUAUUUAUUUAGCUCUUAACUCCUCGUAAAACCAUUUACAAAGCAUAGAUUUGAGAAAAUUAAUCGAAAAAAAAUUAUAAUUAAUAAUUUAAAGAGAUAUAUCUCGCUAAUUCAAUUAUAUUUUAGACAAUUACAUUUAUAAACUAAAAUUUCUAAAUUAAAUUAAAUUAAAUUUUUAUUAUCAAAUAGCUCCAUUUAAAAUAUUAAUAAAACUAUAUAUAAUUUUAAAAACACUAUUUGUUAAAUAAAAUCAGCCCCUAUAAGCGCAAUCAAAAUUUUUGUUCGUUUUUAAAGUGAGGAGUUAAUAAAAGGCGAUCUACCUACAACUCUUAUAAAAUUCAGUAUCGCAAGCAAUGAAAGAGAUUUCAGAAUCGGCUUGAUGGGGCAUGUAACAAGAAUCGGCAACACUCUUGUCAAACAUUUGUCUGGCACUUUUAUUAGCGAAGAUUGGAAUACUUUCACUGAAAGGUACCUUUCCUUACAAAAUGAAAUGGAAUCUAGGGUUCUUGGAGGCAGAUCUCGAAUAAUAAGUACUUACUUUUUGUUUAUUAGGAUAAAUAUAGUUGAAAUUUUAUUUCUUCUCGAUAAAUUUGAGCGAAAUUUGAUAUGUUUUCUAGCAAAUAUCAAGCUUUUAAAUAUUCAUCUAAAUUCCCUCUAUAAAAUUUCGCACUAUCAAAGCGCUCCGAUCAAAUGGCAUGCAUCCGAAUAAUGAGCUUCGAUUUGACUGAUCACUUCAUGGACUCCAAUUCAGAUAAAAAUCAAGACAGCAUGUUUGAUAAUAUUGAUUAUAACUUUGAAAAAAAUAACGCAAUUCAAGAGGAAGAGAUUGAACAUGAAGAAAUUAAUGAACAGCCUCAAGCAGUUUCUGUCGAUGAAUUUUCGAGCAUUAACUUCUGGAAAAUCAAAGUCAUGCAGCCAGUUGAAGAUUUAGAAUAA